AUGAUCAAUACAUGUAAACGAUAUAUAAGAGAUGGAAAUGUGAGGCUAUGGGAUAUACCUAGACAAGAUUUGAUCUCUCGUAUAAAUGAAAGUAAAAAACUGAAUGAAGAGUACCAGUCGUAUUUUCAUAAAACAAAAGCCAAAUUACACGAAUCGGAAAAUGAACGACAGUGGGACUUUAGUGAAAAUUACAUAUUUGGUAAAUAUGACACGUUUUGUAAACGUUUGGACCACAUUGUAAGCGUAUUAAAUACAAUUGAAAGUUUAAGCGGAUUACAAAAUAUUCGAGUAGAAGGCUUAGAACCAAUCGUGGUGAAAUACAAGUCAGUGGUGGAUGCCAUUAAAAAGAAAACAUAUGAUUUACUUGAUCAUCGGAAACAAGAUUUUGACAAUGACUAUGACGACUUCAAACAGCAGAUUGACAAUAUUCAAACACAAUUGCAAACAUUUAUCGAUAGUUGGUUUAGAAAGUCAUACACAGUGGAGCAGUCACUGUUAUUCUUAGAAAAGUUUCAAGAUCUCCAGGGUGUUACAAUCGAUUUUGCUGAUAAAUAUGGAAAACUCGUACAAAAUUUCAAUAAAGAACUGGAUACAGUACGAAAGAUCUAUGAAAAGAAUAAAGAAGAACCAGCAGUAGCACGAAACUUGCCUCCAACUGCUGGUCGAAUUAUCUGGUCACGUCAACUGUAUCAACGAAUCAGUGCGCCUAUUAAAUUAUUGCAAGUAAAAAUGGAUUUGAAUAAAACCGAUGAUGGAAGAGUGUUGAUAAAAAAUUUUAACAAAAUAGCUGAAGCGUUAUUACAAUAUGAACUUCUAUUCUAUCGUAACUGGUGUCGCGGAAUAGAUUUGAUCAAGAAAGGAAUGAAUGCGGCGAUUUUAAUCCGAGAUACCGAAACAAAAGAAGAUCAUGUGAAUUUUGAUCCCCAAGUGUUGGAGUUGAUUAAAGAUGCACAAUAUCUAACAAAACUUGGCUUAGACAUUCCUGAUACAGCUAUAACACUAUUGAGACAAGAAGAAAUUAUACGAAAAACAAGCGUCAAUCUGCAAGAAAUGUUAAAAAACAUUAAACAAACCUAUGCAUCGGUACCAAGAGAGAUGACAACACUGAUGAAAUCCCAUCGAGAAAAAGUUGAAGAAGCAUUGCGUCCCGGUUUCGUGGCCAUCACGUGGGCAUCCUUGAACAUUGAAGAAUAUGUGUUAAAUGUUCAAACUGAAUUAGAACAAUUACGAAUAUUGGUAAAUGAUUGUCAAGACAUUUUGACUUGUCGUAUCGAAAACACUCUACAGACAAUCGCUGAGACACAGUUGUGCGAAUUGCAACAAGAUCCUGUGACUAUUGACGAAUUUAUCAAACUCACCGACGAAUCGUGCCAGCAAGCUAUUCAGUUCAUAACAAAACAAACUCAUUUGUGCGAAAAAGCUGUUCAUUAUCUCCUAGAAAUAUUGAAAAAACGUUUGAAACUAUCUGAACAAGCAACGGUUAAAGAAAACGAUCAGGACUAUUAUGAAUGCACCGUAAAAUUACCGUUGAACACAAAAGGAUCAAGAUGCAACGAAUGUCAACCGUGCGCCUUCUUCAACUUCUUAACAACAUAUUGGAAUAAAAGUAUCGAUGCACUCAUACAGUGUACUCGAAGUUCAUUAGAAUCGGUUCGUAAGCGUUUACAACAGCCGAUACGAUAUGUUGGCGAGCAAGUUUUACGGGAACAGGUUCGAAAUCCAUUAUUUCGCACUGAUGUUGUAUUAUCAAUUCCGAACGUUUUGGUUAAACCAAGUUUAGAUGAUAUGCAAUCACAAUUGAAUAAAUCAGCACAUAUAAUGCUGCGGAUUGGAAAUGAACUCCCAGAAUGGAAUCAUGCGCAUAAGUUGAAAGAAAUUAUGGUCAAAGACAUCGAAAAACAAGCAUCGGAUGAAGGUGAAGAUGCUAAACUUGCUGUGCAAGCUAAAGCACCAAAACCGUUACAUAAAGUGAUUGCGGAAAACAAUGAUGUCAAAAAAGUCGUCCUAUCGCUUAAUGCGGCUAUAAGCACGUUUAAGCCGGAUGUUCAAGAGAUGAUGAAGAACUUCACGGGGUUUGCGGAAUUAUGGGAAAAGGAGCCAGAUUCAACCGUAAAAGCGUUUAUGGAUUCCAAACCGUUAAUGGUCGAUUUCGAAGCAUUGUUUAAACAUUAUCGUCGAAUGGAGUUUGAAAUUGACGAAUUUCCCCAAUCGUAUCAAGUUGGUUCGAUUGUCUUCUAUACCGAUAAGCUGAAACGUGGUCUAAAAACGGAAAUAAAUAAUUGGAAAAUGUCUUAUGCCAAAGCGUUGAACGACAAAGCAUCGCAAGAUAUGCAAAACAUAUUUGAUAAAGUUGAAGAUAUUCAAAAACGUCUGAUUCGGCCAUGCAAAGAUUUGGAUGAUGUUCGUGCGCACAUGAAUGCACUGAGUGAAAUAAGACAAAAUGAAAUUUUGAUCGACCAAACAAUAACACCCGUUGAAGAAACUUAUGUAAUGUUGUAUAAAUAUGAAAUAUCAUUCAAUGAUGGAAAUCCAGAAAAGGUUGAUGCACUGCAAUACGCAUGGAGAAAAUGUUUACAGCAAGGCAAAGAAGUUCAAUCUCAUUUAUUAGCAAUUCAACCGGAGUUCAAGAAUGAUUUAUUAAAUAAUGUGACCGUUUUUCAACAAGAUGUGACACUGUUUGUUUCUGAUUAUGCUGAAAAAGGACCGACGGUUUGUGGUACACAGCCACGGGAAGCAAGCGAUCGUUUGACAAUAUUUCAAGUGAAACUUGAUGAGUUAUGGCAAAAAUUUGAAACGUACAGUGCUGGAGAAGAGCUCUUUGGUUUACCCGUGACUGAUUAUCCAGAUUUAGCGAGAAUUAAACGGGAGCUGGGUUUGUUACAAAAAUUGUAUGGUUUAUACAACAUUGUCAUUGAUACAAUCAAUGGUUACUAUGAUAUACCGUGGGUUGAUGUGGACAUCGAGAAGAUUAAUAAUGAUCUGCUGGAUUUUCAGGAUCGUUGUCGAAAACUGCCAAAAGGCCUUAAAGAAUAUCAGGCAUUUGAUGAAUUAAAAAAGACCAUUGAUGAUUUUAAUGAGACAUGCCCAUUAUUGGAAAUGAUGGCUAAUAAAUCGAUGAAACCCAGACAUUGGGAACGUAUCUCAAAUUUAACGAGACAUAAGUUCGAUGUUGAAUCGGAUAAUUUCUUGUUGAGAGAUAUUAUGGCGGCACCAUUGCUAAAACACAAAGACGAUAUUGAGGAUAUUUGUAUAUCGGCUAUCAAAGAAAAAGAUAUUGAAGCUAAAUUAACUCAAGUUAUUAAUGAUUGGGGCAAUCAAAACUUUACAUUUUCAUCGUUUAAAAAUCGUGGUGAAUUAUUGUUGAAAGGUGAUGCGACAUCGGAAAUAAUUGCAUUGAUGGAAGAUUCUUUAAUGAUAUUAGGGUCUCUGAUGAGCAAUCGAUAUAAUGCGCCGUUCAAGAAAAAAAUUCAAGAGUGGUUGCAAAAAUUAACAUCUACUACAGAAAUUAUUGAAAAAUGGCUCAGCGUACAAAAUCUGUGGAUCUAUCUCGAAGCUGUGUUUGUCGGUGGAGAUAUUGCCAAACAAUUGCCACAAGAAGCAAAACGUUUUGGAAAUAUUGAUAAAUCUUGGCAAAAAAUUAUGCAACGUGCUCGUGAAAAUCUAAACGUUGUCAGUUGCUGUACAAGUGAUGAUACGCUUUCGCAAUUAUUACCACAUUUAUUUGAACAAUUAGAAUUAUGUCAGAAAUCAUUAACGGGUUAUCUAGAAAAGAAACGUCUUGUAUUUCCGAGAUUUUUCUUCGUAUCUGAUCCAGCUCUACUAGAAAUAUUGGGACAAGCGGGUGAUUCACAUACAAUACAAAAUCAUCUGUUGAAUGUGUUUGAUAAUACAAAAACGGUGACAUUCGAUGAGAAAAUCUAUGAUAAAAUAUUGGAAAUCAAUUCGCAAGAAGGAGAAACGGUACAAUUAAAAGAGCCAGUCAAUGCUCAAGGUAACGUUGAAGUAUGGCUUGGUGAUUUAUUAAAAAUGUCACGUGCAUCCGUGCAUAAAGUUAUACGCGAAGGAGCGGCUGCAAUACAAGAUCCACAGUUCAAUUUAAUCGAUUUCAUCAACAGUUUUCCAGCCCAGGUUGGUCUACUUGGUUUACAAAUGUUGUGGACGCGUGAUUCAGAAAUUGCAUUGAACAAUACAAAGGUCGAUAAGAAAAUAAUGACUGAUACAGCCAAAAAAUUUUUAGAUAUUCUCAAUGCUCUGAUUAAUAAAACAAUGGAAGAUUUAUCAAAAAUAGAACGUACACGUCUCGAAACUCUCAUUACAAUUCAUGUACAUCAAAAGGAUAUUUUUGAUGAAUUGGUUGCCAGCAAAUGUCGUAGUCCAUUAGAAUUUGAUUGGGUAAGACAGUGCCGUUUCUAUUUUGAUGAAGAUGCUGACGUAUGUCGGAUAUCAAUAACAGAUGUUGAUUUUAAAUAUAUGAACGAAUAUCUCGGAUGUACCGAGCGACUAGUUAUUACACCAUUAACAGAUAGAUGUUAUAUAACAUUGGCUCAAGCGCUGCACAUGUCCCUUGGUGGAGCGCCUGCAGGACCGGCCGGUACGGGUAAAACGGAGACAACGAAAGAUAUGGGUCGUUGUCUAGGAAAAUUUGUGGUUGUAUUUAAUUGUUCGGAUCAAAUGGAUUAUCGCGGUCUUGGUCGAAUUUACAAAGGCCUUGCGCAAUCUGGUAGUUGGGGUUGUUUCGACGAGUUCAAUCGAAUUGAAUUACCCGUCUUAUCAGUAGCUGCACAACAGAUUGAUAUUGUGCUAAGAUGCAAAAAGGAAAAGAAGUCAUCGUUUGUAUUCACGGAUGGUGAUAUCGUUGAGCUCGAUAUGGAGUUUGGUCUAUUUUUAACAAUGAAUCCUGGUUAUGCUGGUCGUCAAGAGUUACCGGAAAAUUUGAAGAUUAAUUUUAGAACAGUGGCUAUGAUGGUACCUGAUCGUGCUAUUAUUAUACGUGUAAAAUUAGCCAGUUGUGGUUUUUUACAAAACAUUAAGUUGUCGAAAAAAUUCUUCACACUCUACAAGUUGUGUGAAGAACAGUUAACAAAACAAGUUCAUUAUGAUUUUGGUUUAAGAAAUAUCCUGUCUGUUUUACGUACAUUGGGUGCAUUUAAACGUGAAAAUCCAAAUGACUCAGAGGAAAAAACAAUGAUGAGAGUGCUGAGAGAUAUGAACCUGUCAAAAUUAAUCGAUGAAGAUGAACCGUUAUUCAUGUCCCUAAUCGAUGAUUUAUUUACUGGCAUUCAACUAGAAUCGAAAGGUUAUCCGGAGAUAGAAGCAGCCAUCAGAACACAGACUGACUUAGCUCAACUAAUUCAUCAUCCACCAUGGGUAUUAAAACUAAUUCAGUUGUACGAAACACAACGUGUUCGACAUGGCAUGAUGACACUAGGCCCCAGUGGAGCAGGAAAAUCGAAAUGUAUUGCCAUUUUAAUGAAAGCCAUGACCGAAUGUGGCUCACCACACCGUGAGAUGCGCAUGAAUCCGAAAGCUAUAACGGCACCGCAAAUGUUUGGUCGAUUAGAUGUAGCCACUAAUGACUGGACAGAUGGUAUAUUUUCAACGCUAUGGAGAAGGACAUUAAAAACAAAAAAAGGUGAUCAUGUGUGGCUCAUACUCGAUGGGCCUGUUGAUGCCAUAUGGAUUGAAAACUUAAACUCUGUUCUGGACGACAACAAAACGUUGACAUUAGCUAAUGGCGAUCGAAUACCAAUGGCACCGAAUUGUAAAAUUAUCUUUGAAGUGCAUAAUAUCGAUAAUGCCUCACCAGCAACUGUAUCUCGAAACGGAAUGAUUUUUAUGUCGUCAUCUGUUAUGAAUUGGGAGCCGAUCGUCAAUGGUAUAUGGAAAGAGCAGAACGUUACUCGAGACUAUCCAUUUCGUCUUUUAGGUUGGCUUUUGAAACGUCCAGCUAGUGAAACCGAUAUUCUGUUGAACCUAUACACUAAGACAUUUCCACAGGCUUAUUCAUAUGUUGUCCAGAGUUUAGAACCAAAAAUGCAGAUAUUGGAGUGUAUGUACACUCGUCAGUCGCUGGACAUUCUCGAAGGUCUUAUCAAUAAAGAUAAACAAUCGGCACCCGAUGUGCUCGGUCGUUAUUAUGUAUUUGCACUAAUGUGGUCUCUUGGUGCUUUACUCGAAUUCUUUGAUCGAAAAAAGUUAGAAGAUUUCGUUGUUUCCAAACAUCUACUCGAUUUACCAGCAGUUAAAGGUGAAGAAACAAUGUUUGAAUUUGUUGUGGGUGAAAAUGGGAAAUGGGUACAUUGGUCAACGCUUGUACCUGAAUACAUUUAUCCAACGGAUACAAUACCAGAAUAUUCAUCUAUACUUGUACCGAAUGUCGACAAUGUUCGAACAGAUUUUCUUAUACAUAUAAUAGCUAAACAAGAAAAGGCGGUACUGUUAAUUGGUGAACAGGGCACGGCUAAAACCGUUAUUGUUAAAAGUUAUUGUUCAAAAUAUAAUCCAGAGGUACAAUCGUUUAAAAAUGUCAACUUUUCAAGUGCAACAACAGCAACGAUGGUUCAGAGAACAAUUGAAAGCUACGUUGAUAAACGCGUUGGCACCACUUACGGCCCACCGGGUGGCAAGAAAAUGACAGUAUUUAUUGAUGAUAUCAACAUGCCUGUUAUUAACGAAUGGGGUGAUCAGGUGACGAAUGAGAUAACUCGUCAAGUUAUGGAACAAAAUGGGUUUUAUAAUUUGGAAAAGCCUGGUGAAUUUACAAACAUUGUCGAUAUCCAAUUUGUAGCUGCCAUGAUUCAACCUGGUGGAGGUCGUAACGACAUACCUCAACGUCUAAAACGGCAGUUUUGUAUAUUCAAUUGUACACUACCAUCAAAUGCAUCCAUAGACAAAAUAUUCAGUGCCAUCGGACGUGGCUACUUUUGUGCGGAGCGUGGUUUUAACCAAGAUGCCAUCAAUGUUAUUGAGAAACUUGUGCCAGCUACACGAAAACUAUGGCAAAAAACCAAAGUGAAAAUGUUACCCACACCUGCUAAAUUUCAUUAUGUGUUCAAUUUACGUGAUCUCUCAAGGAUAUGGCAGGGAAUGUUAAAUAUAACAUCGGACGUUGCUGGUAUAAAACCGAAUGUGAUCAUGUCAUUAUGGAAACAUGAAUGUUAUCGUGUGAUUGCCGAUCGUUUUGUCUCACAAGAUGAUAAAGACUGGUUUGAGAAAAUGUUGAAACUCGUCGCUGAAGAAGAAUGUGGACGAACAAACACCACAAUUAUGCAACAAGAACCAUAUUUUGUCGAUUUUCUUCGGGAUGCACCAGAAGUGACUGGCGAAGAAAACGAAGGUAUUGAGUUGGUGGCACCAAAAGUCUAUGAACCCAUUUCAUCUUUCGAAGCACUUAGUGGAAAACUAGAGCAAUAUCAACAACAAUACAAUGAAACGAUGAAAGGUGGUAAAAUGGAUUUAGUGUUUUUCAAAGAUGCCAUGACACAUUUGAUUAAAAUAUCAAGAAUAAUUCGCACCCCGAGAGGCUGCGCUUUGCUUGUGGGCGUCGGGGGAUCAGGGAAACAAUCACUGACACGUUUAGCGUCAUACAUUGCCGGUUAUCAAACGUUUCAGAUCACAUUGACAAGAUCUUACAAUGUCACGAAUUUGAUGGAAGAUUUGAAAAACUUGUAUCGUACUGCAGGUCAAAAAGGAAAAGGUGUGACGUUUCUAUUUACGGAUAAUGAGAUCAAAGAUGAAUCAUUUCUCGAAUAUAUGAAUAAUGUUUUGGCUAGUGGUGAAGUAUCGAAUUUAUUUGCUCGUGAUGAAAUUCACGAAAUAUUAGGUGAACUGACACCGGUAAUGAGAAAAGAGUUUCCAAAACGUGCGCCAACAAAUGAAAUUCUAUACGAUUAUUUUCUAACACGAGUUCGAAAUAACCUACACGUUGUGCUAUGCUUCUCUCCAGUUGGAGAGAAAUUUCGUAGUCGUUCGUUGAAAUUUCCAGCGUUAAUAUCCGGAUGUACGAUGGAUUGGUUUCAACGGUGGCCAAAAGAUGCGCUCAUCGCCGUCUCGAAAUAUUUUAUUGGAAAUUUUGAAAUUAUUUGCACUCCUCAGGUGAAACAAGAACUCGUUGUUAUGAUGGGCGAAGUUCAAGAUCAAGUAGCUGAGGCGUGUGUCGAUUAUUUUAACCGUUAUCGUCGUCAAACUCAUGUAACACCUAAAUCGUAUUUGUCGUUUUUGGCUGGUUACAAAUCGAUUUAUUCUGAAAAACGAAAAGAUAUCGGAAAGCUUGCUGAGCGUAUGAAUACCGGUUUGAAAAAGUUGAUCGAAGCAGCUGAUCAAGUUCGUGAGCUGGCAAAAGAAUUGGAAGUAAAAGAAAAAGAGUUAUUAGUGGCGAAUCAAAAAGCAGAUUUGGUCAUGCAAGAUGUUAAUAUUAAGAAAUCGGCAGCCACUAAAGUUGCGGAGCAAGUACAACGUGUAGCGGAUGCUUGUAAAGAAUUAGUCGAUCAAAUAUCCGCUGAUAAAGCAGUAGCCGAAGGUACAUUGGAAGUGGCUCGGCCAGCAUUAGAAGAAGCCGAAGCUGCGUUAAAAACAAUUAAACCAGCAGAUAUAUCGACUGUCAAAAAGUUAGGAAAACCACCCCAUUUAAUCAUGCGAAUUAUGGAUAGUGUGCUGUUAUUGUUUCAAAAGUCUCUUGAUCCAAUAUCGAUGGACGCUGAAAAAUCGUGUCCGAAACCUUCUUGGAGUAGUGCGUUGAAAUUAAUGGGUGGCAAUGAUUUUCUGAAUAGUCUGGUUCAUUUUCCAAAAGAUACAAUCAACGAAGAAACGGUUGAACUACUCCAGCCUUAUUUAUUAAUGGAAGAUUAUAAUAUGGAUACAGCUAAGCGUGUAUCAGGAAAUGUUGCCGGAUUAUGUUCAUGGACACUAGCUAUGGCCUACUUUUACGGAAUUAAUAAAGAAGUGUUGCCAUUAAAGGCUAAUUUAGCGAUUCAGGAAAGUCGUUUACAAAAAGCCACUAACGACUAUGAUGCAGCACAAGACCAAUUAGCAGCUAAAAUGGCUGAAGUCGCUGUUGUACAAGCUGAAUUUGAUAAAGCGAAUAUAAUUAAACAGACGUUACUAGCUGAGGCAGAUGCUUGUCGUCGUAAAAUGCAUAAUGCAUCGGCGUUAAUUGAUGGUCUGUCUGGUGAACGUGUUCGAUGGACCGAAGCAUCAAGAAACUUCGAAGCACAAAUUAAUCGUCUUAUUGGUGAUGUACUAUUAGCCACGGGAUUCUUAAGCUAUACGGGCCCAUUCAACCAAGAGUUUCGUACUAUUCUAAUAAGACAAUGGCGAACAGAUAUGGUUAAACGAAAAGUACCAUUUACAGAAGAUUUGAAUAUUAUUUCGUUUCUUGUCCAUAAUGCAACAAUAAGUGAAUGGAAUUUACAAGGCUUGCCAAAUGAUGAACUGUCAAUUCAAAAUGGUCUUAUUGUGACAUCAGCAGCCCGAUUCCCAUUGCUAGUUGAUCCUCAAGGACAAGGCAAAGCAUGGAUUAGAAAUAAAGAAGAAAAAAAAGAUCUACAGAUCACGAGUUUAAAUCAUAAAUAUUUCCGAACUCAUUUGGAAGAUGCUUUAUCACUAGGUCGUCCGUUGAUAAUUGAGGAUGUCGGCGAAGACCUGGAUCCGGCAUUGGACAAUGUUUUAGAGAAGAAUUACAUAAAAUCCGGCUCAACAUUGAAGGUGAAAGUAGGAGAUAAAGAAUGUGAUGUUAUGAAUGGAUUUAAGUUGUAUAUCACAACAAAAUUAGCCAAUCCAUUUUAUACGCCAGAAGUGUAUGCUAAAACAUCUAUCAUUGAUUUUACUGUCACAAUGAAGGGUCUAGAAGAUCAAUUGCUAGGCAUUGUAAUUCAGAAAGAGAAAGCGGAGCUCGAAGCGGAACGUACUCGUCUGUUAGAAGAAGUAACGUUGAACAAACGUCGAACAAAAGAAUUGGAAGAUAAUUUGUUGCUUCGUUUAACAUCCACAGAAGGUUCUUUAGUUGAGGACGAGUCGUUGAUUCAAGUAUUAGCUGAUACAAAAGCAACGUCGAAAGAGGUCAAUGAAAAGCUGACGAUUGCUGCAGAAACAGAAAUAAAGAUUAAUGCAGCAAGAGAAGAAUUUCGUCCUGUUGCUACGCGUGGUUCAAUUGUCUACUUUUUAAUUGUCGAAAUGUCCAUGGUCAAUGUCAUGUAUCAGACAUCGUUAAAACAGUUUUUAGGUUUAUUUGAAAUUGGACGACAAAAAGCGUCAGCUUCACCGAUAACAGUAAAACGUAUUCAAAGUAUCAUUGAUUCGUUAACUUAUGAGGUAUGGAAAUACAGCAGUCGUGGAUUGUAUGAAAGGGACAAAACGUUGUAUACACUGUUGUUGGCAUUAAAAAUCGAUAUGCAAAAAGGCAAUGUCAAACAAUCAGAAUUUCAAGUAUUCAUCAAAGGUGGUGCCGCGCUGGAUAUGAAUGCGGUUGAAUAUCGACCUGAUAGAUUGAAGAAAUGGCUGGCUGACAUGACGUGGUUGAAUUUAGUUGAAUUAAGUAAAUUAGCACAUUUUUCACAAGUUUUACGACAGAUAGUGGGAAAUGAUAAAGUAUGGUAUCAAUGGUAUUUGUCAGAUGCCCCAGAAGAAGUCACAUUCCCCGAAUCUUAUUCCACAACUCUUGAUACAUUUAAAAAGUUGCUAUUGAUACGUUCAUUUGCACCCGAUCGAACAUUACCGAUGGCUAAGAAGUACAUCGGUGAAUCAUUGGGUAUUCAGUAUGCCGAAGGAUAUAUACUGAAUCUGGAUGCUAUGUGGCAGGAGAGUGAAAAGCGUAUACCGUUAGUGUGUUUCUUAUCAAUGGGUUCCGAUCCAACGGAUAAUAUUUUAAGUUUGGCGAAAAAACAAAACAUUAGCUGUGGUACAAUAUCAAUGGGUCAAGGACAAGAGGUUCAUGCACGUCGUCUUUUACAACAAAGUCAACAAGAAGGAAAAUGGAUAUUAUUACAAAACUGUCAUUUGGGUUUAGGAUUUCUGGAAGAACUAUUGGAGACGAUCACCACAACUGAGUCGGUGAAUGAUGCGUUUCGAUGUUGGUUAACCACAGAACCACAUGCGCAAUUUUCCAUUAAUGUACUGCAGUCGUCUAUCAAGUACACCUAUGAACCUCCACAAGGUGUCAAAGCGGGUCUGAAGCGAACGUUUGCUGGUUUAACACAAGAAGUUGUUGAUGUUAGUGCACUUUUCGAAUGGAAAGUCAUGUUGUAUGCCGUUGCUUUUCUUCAUACAACUGUGCAAGAACGUCGUAAAUUUGGGUCGUUGGGCUGGAAUAUUCCGUACGAGUUUAAUCAAUCGGACUUUUCUGCAACGAUACAAUUUGUUCAAAAUCAUAUGGAUGAAAUGGGCUCAAAAUGGAAUGUAUCGUGGCCGACUGUGCGAUAUAUGAUAGGCGAAGUGCACUACGGUGGACGUGUGACGGACGAUUUUGAUAAACGUUUGUUGAAUACUUAUACACGCGUAUGGUUUCUGGAUAAUAUGUUUACAGAUAAGUUUGAAUUUGCUCAAAAUUAUAAAAUACCAAGAUGUAAAACAAUACAAGAGUUUCGCAAUCAUGUAGACCAAAUGAGUCUAUUUGACAGUCCAAAUGUAUUUGGAUUACAUCCAAAUGCUGAUAUUGCAUAUCAGACAAAUACAGCUGAUAGUAUACUAGCAACUAUAGUCAACAUUCAACCGAAAGAUGCUGGAGCUGGUGGUGGAGAAACACGUGAAGCAGUUGUAUAUAGGCAAUGUGACGAUAUGUUAUCCAAAUUGCCCGAAGAUUACACCCCACAUGAAGUACGUGGCGCUUUACAAAAACAAGGUACAUUACAACCGUUGAAUAUAUUCUUGAAACAAGAGGUUGAUCGAAUGCAACGUGUCAUCACUGUUGUACGUAAUACACUGAAAGAUUUGAAACUAGCCAUUGAUGGGACAAUUAUUAUGAAUGAGAAUCUGAAAGAUGCAUUGGACAAUAUUUAUGAUGCACGAGUACCGGGCACAUGGCGCAAAGUUUCGUGGGAUUCGGCAACGCUUGGUUUUUGGUUUAGUGAUCUGUUAGAUCGUAAUGCGCAAUUUCAUGCAUGGUUAUUCAUUGGGAGACCAAGUGCCUUUUGGUUAACGGGCUUUUUUAAUCCACAAGGUUUUCUAACAGCCAUGAGGCAAGAAAUCACACGUAACCACAAAGGUUGGUCAUUAGAUAGCGUUGUAUUGGCGAAUGAUGUGAUGAAAAUGGCUACAAAAGAAGAAGUCUCACAACCGCCAGGAGAAGGUGUCUACGUUUAUGGUUUAAAAAUUGAUGGUGCAGCAUGGAGAAUGUCUCGUGAGAAAGGCGGACAUCUGUGUGAUCCACCACCGAAACAACUGUAUGCUGAUUUACCUAUUGUCCAUAUUUAUGCCACAAAUGAACCAAAACCAUUGGGUAAUUCGUAUUACGUGUGCCCUGUCUACGAGAAACCCAGACGAACAGAUUUAACGUACAUAUUUUCAUUAUCACUGAAAAUUAUCAACAGUAAUCCAGACUUUUGGUGUUUACGUGGUGUGGCAUUACUAUGUGAUACAAAAUAG